AUGGUACAGACAAGGAGCCAGUGGCGUGCCUCCGCGUCUAGACUGUCGCCAGAGCUGCUCCGCAUGAUCUUCGCGUGGUUCUGUCCACACUGUCGCGGCAAAUUUGAAUGGGAAAACUGGGCUGAUGACGACGUGAGCGAAGAACGCGGACAGGACAUCUGCUCGCUUGUUAACCUCUGUCUGGUCUCAGUGGCAUUUCGCAAUGCGGCUCAAGAAGUAUUGUAUCAUAGCUUCGAUACUCACUAUCUCAGCAUGAGUCGAUCGAGGCUUCGGCUCGAGCAGUUUCUGCGCUCCAUUGCAGCACGGCCGGACCUCGCUCGUUCAGUCAAAGCAGUCAGCCUGCACCCAGAUUCAAUCGCAAGGCUGGACUUCUUCGCAAGUCGGGAUGCCUUCGAUCACUGCGCUCAUGCGCUUGGCACCAGCGCCCUUGACCUCUGGAGGCAGACGGAGCUCGUCUAUCGGGCCAACCCACAAACUCAGCAUCCAGGCUGUGAAGCUUUCUUCGUAAGAGAUGCUGACCCUGGUAGCUGGGCGCAAGGCCCAUCUAUCCCUUUUGUCGCCAGCCAGCUCCUUACUAUGCUAGUUGCUUUGUUGCCCAACCUGAGUUACCUCAAGGUAGACAGUAACACUGACCAACUUGACCUAUCUCGAGCAACCUCGACUGCGAUUGGCCUCACUAGGUUGCCUCUAAAGAGUCUUGAUACAAUUCUCCGCUUUGAAUCUCUCUUAAAACUGUCGCCAGAUAUAGAGACUCUAGUAUGUCGAUCUCGAUCUAGGCUGUCCUGGAACAGCCUUCCGAGCGUCCGAUCGCUCGUCGUCGCUAGUUCUUCUGUAGACUCCCUCGACAUCCAUGAUCUUCUAUCUGUAUGCACUGGCGAUCUCUCGAAUUUUUCAUAUAGAGGCACCAACGCGACGGCUGAACAGAUUGUCCGCGUCCUCAGCACUGAAAGGCUACACGCCACUCUUCAGUCAAUCCAUAUCGACUGUCGAUUGGUAAAUUUUAUCGUUCGGAAUCGGGUCAUGCCGAACUUCACACCCUUUCUAAAUCUGCGGACUCUCUUCCUCAGCAUCUUUCUCAUGCAUCCGGAUGCAGACUCCGAUAGCCAAGCCCUCGUGAGCAUGCUGCCUGCCAGUAUUGAGUCGCUGACGCUCGUGGGUAACGACGCGGGAUUAACAUUCGAUUACAAUCAAGCCAAAUUCAUCCGUUGCCUUCGAAACAAACUCGUCGGCCUCGCUGAAGCAAAAGCAAAUGCUUCGGGUUUCAAGCACCUAAGCCGGGUAAGAUGCGACGCCUCCCAGGUAUGCACCCGCUAUGUGAGGAGCAGGUUCAAGCGGGUUGGUGUUGAUUUCAUGUAUCAAGAGUCCCUCAGGUUGGACACUUUCAUCCCGGAGAUUUCUUUUACGGACGUGAAUCCCCAUUACGCGUUGCCAUUACCGGACUCGGAUGGUGAUGAUCUAUAG